UUGGGCAAAAAUCAGAGCAGCCUCUUCUUCGCCGAGGAAGCGACAGCGCGAGACUGAAACUCGAGUGGAGCGGACUUUCGUCGUCUGUUUCUCAGGAAUUAUGAACUUUUCGCGGCCUGUUUGGCCUCAGCUGAAAAGCGACGAUGGUUGAGUUGGUUUCGUUUUUUUUAAAGGGAAUAAACAGGUUCGCUUAAGUCUUGGAUGCGACGUGGUUUUGCAGCACCAGCAGCAGUAGAGAGAGAGAGAGACCCGGGCCCACGGACAACACCGCAUCCGCUCCCCCGCUCAACAUGAACCUGAUCGGGGGUUACCAGCACCACCACCACCUCAUGCACGAGCCCUUCCCGUUCGUGCACCAGCGGUGUCACCAGGACGCGCCGUACUUCCAGAGCUGGGUGGUGAACCACCACGGGGACGUGCCACAGGAUUUCCACCACGUCCAGGCGCCGUACGCGGCCGCGGAGCUCGGCGCGCCCGGAGCCGCCGCGCACGACCCGCGGCUGGUGGAGGGGCUCCAGGCGGGCAUGGGAAAGCGCAGGGCGUCAGGGCCGAAGAAGGAGCGCCGCAGGACGGAGAGCAUCAACACGGCCUUCGCGGAGCUGCGGGAGUGCAUCCCCAACGUCCCCGCGGACACCAAAUUGUCCAAAAUCAAAACUUUACGCCUGGCGACGAGUUACAUCGCCUACUUGAUGGACGUGCUGGCCAAAGACUCCGGCGAGACGGAGGGAUUUAAGGCCGAGAUUAAAAAAUUUGAAAACCGGGAUAUGAAAAGGAAGCGAGAGCUGACCGACGGUCUGCAGGAUUCUUUAGGAGCAGAGAAGAAGGUCAAAGGUCGCACCGGUUGGCCGCAGCAGGUUUGGGCGCUGGAGCUCAACCAGUGACGUCAUCAUCAUCAUCAUCAUCAUCGAAGCUUCUUCAUGGACUCCAGAAUCAGAUAAACAAACAAAAACAAACAAACACAAACCACUGACUGACUGAGCGCGUGGACGCACCGCUGUGCUCGCGUGCACUGACGCGACGCGCGACACGGAGAGAAAAAAUGAGAGGACGAGCGCGCGGACUCCUUUUCUGUCGUUGUUGUUGUUGUUGUUUUUUCCCUUUUUAUUUUGCUUUUUUCCCCCCCUCCUGGUGGGUGUGGUUUCUGUGAGUGGACACACACACACACACAUACACACACACACCUAAAAAAAAGAACGUGUUAUUAUUUUACCAACCAUUGAUUAUCGAUACGUUUUAAACAUGAAGUCAUUGUCAUUGUAAUCAAUAAUUAUAUAAUUAUUACAUUUAAUUUCACAUAAUUCCAGCCUGUAAAGUAAAAUACAUGAUUGUAUUGUAUUAUAUUAUAUUAUGUUUAUAAUACAUCUCUGUCGCCUCGUGCGGCAGAUUUGUGUCCAAGCAGAAAGCAGCAGAAAUCACGCGCUCAGGUAUUUUACGUCUUAAUUAUGUCAAAAUAAUAAUAAUCAUGAUAAUAAUAACAAUAAUAAUAACAAU